GAGAUAUAAAAGGGCUCUGGCUCCAUGUAGAUCAUAAAAGAUGAAUCUAAUACUGUUAUUAUCGUAAGAUAUUUACGUUUGAACGGUCCAAGUUUCCUCAAGAAACCAACCGUCGAAUGGGAAAUAUGUCUAAAGAGAAGAUUGAAGAUCCAAAGAAUACGGAGAAUGUUUCUGUUGAUGUAAUUGAAUAUGCACAUGCCAAGGAAAAAGAAGUUGUUGCAAAAUUGGAUCCAGAUGCAACUGAAUAUUCAAGCUCAUUCGCCGACACCACUUCUGGAAAUGGGAAUAGUUCUGAAUUGAGUGAUGCUGAAGUUGAAUCACAGUUUUUUGGCGACAAUGAUGUGAUGCCUCCAUUUGAUGCAUUUAACGGUAUAUUUCCAAUGAGGAAGAAAAAGUUGACUGCUCACUGGAGAAACUUCAUACAUCCUCUGAUGUGGAGGUGCAAAUGGACAGAAUUAAAAAUAAAGGAAUUAGAGUUGCAGGCGUCAAAGUAUGACAGGUGUAUUGCAGCACAUGAACGAAGAAAACGUAUGUCAAUAGAUCAACUGACAGUUGAACAAUCUGGCUCAAGGUCUUUACCAUUUAAAUCCCAAUAUCGUAGGAAAAGGGCAAUGAAGAGAAGAAAACGGAAGAGAUUGGAAGAUACAACUGAUAUUGGAUCAUACAUGUCAAAACACAUUCUUUUUUCUGGUCAUGAAAAUAAGUGGUCUGAUGUUGAUGGAACUCCGAUAUGUGAUGACUUUGGUAUGCCAGGUACAACUAAAUCCUAAAUAGCUUAAUAACCUCUUUUCCUUUUUUCAUUUUUCCUUUGGUUGUCUAUAUUACCUAUAUGUUUGUGAAGCUUUUGUCCUCUACUUUCAUGAAGUAUUCCUUGUAAGUGGUGAGAAUGCAUAAUCUCAAUAGGCUGCCCUUCAGCUUCUAAUCAAUUUGUAUGGCCUUUCUUAAGCCUCCGGUUGUGUUAAUCUCAUUAAGGGACUAAGGCCUAGAAUUUUGAUGUAAAAUUGUUGUACAC